UUUCUGCGAGCUCGCCCCACUUCCACCUCCGCGCGUCCCGCGGCGCCGCAGUGAACCACGCGGCUAAAUGUCCGCGCGACGCAGCCCCGCGCCGCCUGCGUAGACACAGCCCCCCGUUCCUCCCCGCCCCCUUGGCGCGCUUGCGCAGUCCGCCCCAGCAACAAAGCCCCCUCCCGGCCCCGCCCCCUCCCGCCUCACUCCGGCCUCCCAUUGGCUGGCGCCGCCACGCGCCCGCCCCGCCGACGCGGCCGACCAAUGAGAGCGAGGGUGGGCGUGGCCGAGGGCGGGGAGGUGAGGCCCGCCGGCGCGCGUCCAUUGGCCGGCUCGGCGAGGGGAGGAGCCGCUGCGUCCGGCCACCCGCCGCCGCGAUGAGCCUGAGCCGCCUGAGCCGCCUGAGCCGCCUGCUGAAGCCGGCGCUGCUGUGCGGGGUCCUGGCGGCGCCCGGUGUGGCCGGCGCCAUGUGUGCGUCCCGCGACGACUGGCGCUGUGCGCGCUCCAUGCACGAGUUUUCAGCCAAGGACAUCGACGGGCACAUGGUUAACCUGGACAAGUACCGGGGCUUCGUGUGCAUCGUCACCAACGUGGCCUCUCAAUGAGGCAAAACCGACGUAAACUAUACUCAGUUUGUCGACCUGCACGCCCGAUACGCUGAGUGCGGUUUACGCAUCCUGGCCUUCCCCUGCAACCAGUUCGGGAGGCAGGAGCCAGGGAGCAACGCGGAAAUCAAAGAGUUCGCCGCGGGCUACAACGUCAAAUUCGAUAUGUUCAGCAAGAUCUGCGUGAACGGGGACGACGCGCACCCGCUGUGGAAGUGGAUGAAGGCCCAGCCCAAGGGGCGGGGCAUGCUGGGAAACGCCAUCAAGUGGAACUUCACCAAGUUCCUCAUCGACAAGAACGGCUGCGUGGUGAAGCGCUACGGCCCCAUGGAGGAGCCCCUGGUCAUAGAGAAGGACCUGCCCUGCUACCUCUAGCUCCACAAGGCUGUGUCCCCCCGCCGAGCCCACCGCCCGCGCCCC